AGGACUUCGCUACAUCAAGCAGCCCUAGCAGGACACCAGGACAUUGUUGGGCCACUGGCUCGAAGUGGGAUGUUUCUGGAUGCUAGGGAUCGUAACGGCCAAACGGCAUUGUCGAUAGCCGCCAAAAACGGCCAUACGGCCUUUGUUGAAGCUCUGGUCAGCAGCGGUGCGGACAUCAAACUAGAAGAUGAAAAAGCAAAGACGCCUCUACAGUGGGCUGCAGAAUUAGGCCACGGAGACUGUGUUGGAAUACUCCUCACUCAUGGUGCUCCCACGGAGCCAAAAGCCGACGGGAAGCUGACACCCCUUCACUUGGCUGCUCAAUCAGGGGACUAUGACUGUGUCCGCAAACUUCUUGAUAAAGGCGCCGAUGCGGAUGCCUUAGAUCACGGCGGUGACGCACCGAUUCAUCUUGCUGUCCAAUCAAGUAAUCCGGAUACCGUCAAAGCACUACUC